GUAAAGUCCAAAAUUCAGGAAAUGUUCAGUCGGGUUUGGGAAGACACUCUGCACUUUUAUCGGAAAAAUCCCAAAGAAACCCUUCUUACUGGGUUUGGGAUUUUGUAUCUGUCUUACUACUUAUUAUAUGCAGUAAAGAAGCCGAUCUUUGCCUGCAGAGAUGCCAAAUUCAGACGCUUUCUGCACAGAUAUGUGCCCGUUGUCAACGAGAAGUUUUGGCCAACGCUGUGGUGUUUUGAAGCCAGAAUUAUGACAAUUGUUCGAGCUGUGAUUCAGUCGGUGCCAGACAUUACUUACACUAGUGAUAUUUUAACUCUGCCAGAUGGGGGCCAAGUGAUUUUACAUUGGGAGGAAAAUGAGAACAGUAUUUAUAGUGACUCUAAAACAAGACCAACAGUUCUAUUACUGCCAGGACUUACAGGUUGUAGUCGACAGAGUUAUAUUCUACACCUUGUUAAACAAGCCAAAGACAAAGGAUACAGGUGUGUUGUGUUUAACAACAGAGGCGCUGGUGGCAAAAAAUUGUUGACGCCAAGGUCAUAUUGUGCUGCCAAUGUUGAAGAUUUGACCAACGUGAUCAACCAUAUAAAGGGAAAAUAUCCUGACGCACCCCUCAUAGCAACAGGGAUAUCUAUGGGAGGAAUGCUCGUCUUCAACUACAUAGCCAAGAUGGGAAGAGACUGCCCCCUACUGGCGGGGAUGACCAUUUCUGUGGCCUUCAAUGUAUUUGAGUCCACAAAGAGCUUGGAGCAACCUCUCAAUCACCUGCUGUUCAACAGGACACUGACCUCCAGCCUGAGAGGGGCCAUCAAGGAAAAUUUCCAAGUAUUGUCAGAGAAGUUUGAUUUGGAGCAUGUUCUGAAGAGCUCUACCAUUCGAGAAUUUGAUGAUCGCUUGACAUCUAAGAUGUUUGGUUACAAAGAUUGGCAGGAGUAUUAUAAAGACGCUACCCUGCAUGACAAAUGCCACCAUAUUCAAGUGCCGCUGUUAUGUCUUAAUGCAGCCGAUGAUCCUUUUUCCCCUUUGUAUGCAAUUCCAAUUGAAGACGCCAAACAAAACGACCAUCUUGCCAUAGUUGUCACCUCUCAUGGUGGCCAUAUUGGAUUUUUGGAGGGAUUCUUCCCACGCUACCAGAAUUACAUGGACCGUUUCUUUGCACAAUAUGUGGAUGCCAUGUUUAAGCAUGCUAGUGAAGAGCUGGUUAACGUUGCUGAUUAACAGAAAUUGAAUCAGCUGUUUUAAGUACAGUUUAGGUAUUCAGAUAAUGUUUUUAUCAUACCGAUUGUUUUGAAACAUAAGUAGUUCGAGUAACAUUCAACAGUCUCUCUUUUAUAAGAUUGACUCUAAAAUAAACUCUAAAAUUAGAAACUUACAGCGUGGUUUACAGAGCAUAAUUUUGACAGUGGUAUUUAAUAUGUAAUACCUUGGUGUUAAUGGGAAAUUGUUAGAAUUUCCAGGAUUUUUAAUUUAUUUAUUUUUUUCUAAGGUCAAACGCAUAUUGCAUGUAUUUAAAUUUAGACAUCUUAGGGACCAUUCCCACAGAUAUUUAUAUCG